CUACCAGCAUCAACUCAAAGCUAAGGGGCGUAUUUUCCGCUACAAAGAGCCAGUUAAAAGCCGUUCUCGAAUUCUUGAUACAAAGCCCAGUACACGCAUCUAUCUAUCUAUCUCUCUAUCUCUCUCGGUCUAUCUCGGUCUCUCUUUCUCAGUCUCUCACCCCACGUCCAUUAAGAAACAAAAUGGAUCUCAAGAGAUUUGUCACCUUGAACAACGGGCUUCGAAUCCCUCAGAUUGCUUUCGACACUUGGCAGUCUCAACCCGGAGAGGUUGAGGAAUGCUGCAUGAGUGGGCAUCUGGUUGUGUAGAAGUGCGCAACCUGACCAAUGUCUAAUGUCGCCGGUGCCAUCAUAAUUGGAUACCGACAUAUCGACUGUGCUCGUGUUUUACGUGAGCUUGGUGCUCCUGAUCGGAGGCGGCGUCUGAAUAUCUGCUUAAUCGUCAUACAGAGAAUCAGCCCGAGGUCGCUGUUGGAAUCAAGCGGAUUAGGGGGUGAGACUUGUUAUCGCUUUGACAUCCAUUGUCAAAAACUCCUGCAGACGACAUCAAUCCGUUUGGUUUGUAAAGGAUGAAAUAAUACAAAGGUGGGAUCGGCGGGUGCAAAUUGAUAUGAAAAUGUUGUGGGGACUGUGCGCUUUCGGCGCCAGACGGUGAAAAAAGACAGCUAAUUGCCAAAUCUUCAAUAUCAGCACAUUCUCAUCAAUAAGUCACCUCCAAGGACAUCAUCAUCGUACCUGUCGAUUCAUUCUUCAAGACAGGCACGCAGGAGUUUAACUCGUUAUGAUUCUUUCCAUAUCGAUGACAAAGCUCAUCGGGGCUUUAGUAGUGUUGGGAGUUGCUCAAUCGUGUUGGUAUUAUGUGUAUCUAGAGAGCCCGUACGAUUACUACUUCCGAUAUUGCAGCUCAGGUUGCGGCAACUUAGCUAAAACCGACGGUAACUUUAACUCUUGCUGUAUGCCCUACACGUCCGGCCAGUCUACUCCCGCUGUCUGCACCGCCCUUUCUUCAAGCUACGCGGCUAUGGGAACUACCUGUACAUGGGGUAAUGUCCCAACCACCGAUGCGCCUACUUCUACUCCUGUCGACCCAACUUACACCCCUCCUCCUUACACUCCUCCUGUCACCUCUGCCCAAGCGAAUGCGCCAGAUGAUUGCACCACAGAGGAGCCAGACGAUACCGAGGCCGCCACCGAGACCUUCUGGAUCACUAGCAUUACUACCACACCUUGCUCUACAACUUCUUCUGCUGCUGAUGCUCCUACGUCCAGCGAUGGGUCUUGUGACUGUGGUGGGGAGGGCGGCCAAGCAGCCCAGUCAACAAAUUGGGAGGGCAACACUGCACCUGCUAGCUUCACUGCUGACAAUCAUCGUCGUGGUAUCAUUCGACGGGGAUCUUGCAACUGCUCUUCAGCCACCGGCUCCGCCCCAGCCGAGACAUCCGCCGCUGCUGUAACGACCUCUACGCCCACCGCUACUUCCAGCGGUGACACUUGUGACUGUGGAGGAGAGUCGGGUCAGGCUGCCGAAUCGACCAACUGGGAGGGCAACACUGCGCCCACCAGCUUCAAUCCUGAUAAUCGCCGUCGUAGGGGUAUAUGGCAAAGGGGAACAUGCGACUGCUCAUCCGCGACCUCUGCCCAUUCUGAGAUUUCCGCCACGGAAACCUCAUACGCGGUUGUUACGUCUUCUGCUCCAGCACCGACAUCUUCCGAUGACUCUUGUACUUGUGGUGAUGAAUCCGGUCAAGCUGCGAAAUCCACAAACUGGGAAGGUAACACUGCCCCGGCCAGCUUCACUCCUGACAACCGACGACGUCGAAGGGGUGUGAUGAAGAGAGGAAAAUGUGAUUGUGGAGAGGCUGGGGCCAAUACUGGGGGGAUUGUAGCGUCUUCUUACGCUUAUGAAGGAAACACUGCACCGGCUACGUUCACGGCGGAUAAUCGCCGUCGUGCCGCUUUGAAACCUCGCAAUACUGCUCCCGCCAGCUUCGCUCCCGAUAACCGCAAGCGAGGUUACGAAGGUAUCGUUCGUGGCGUUAGCGUUGGUGGGAAGCCUGAGAAUGAGAGGAGGAAUUACAACAUGGUCCACGGCAAGGAGAUGCGUUCAAACCACAGACGUUCCCCGGACCACCAUUCCAACGUCGUCGAAAACGCCGAACGAAAAAUCCCGACCGGCUUCUCCAGAUAUUACGAGAAACGUAAUACUGCUGCUGCGACGACAUGCACCUCUACCACUUGGAUAACAACCGAUGGUUGUGGAGCUGGAGCGGCCACUACAUCGGUCGCAGCGGCGACUGACACCGAUGCGCCUGUUACUGCCUCAGUUUCAGCAACUAAUACUGAAGGAGAAUCUGGCCAAGCGGCGGAAAGUACUAGUGCCGCAGAAGAUACCGAAUCUGCGCCAGCUACAACUGAUGAUAUACCUUCGACAAGCGUUGCAUGGGAAGGCUCCGGGCCUCCUUCUUCCUUCGUGGGUGGUAAUCGUAGGCAAUGGUAGACGUUUUGGGGACAAUGAAAGUGUUAAGGGACUGCAUGAACAAUGAUUUGCAAGCGAGUUAGAUUCUCGUAAUCUGCUGUUACUUGUGCAAAUGCUCUUUUCGAUUCUAUUAGUGCGGGGAUACAGCCUUCCCAUCAUAGUUGUUAGCGACUAUAUCCUACAUUGGUCAGUAUUCUACGUCGAGGACGAAAUAAAACUGUUUGACACUUCCUUCGCCUUGUUCAAGUCAUCUUAUCGGACGAGGAAGAGGGGUUCCAGCAUCAUCACAUCUUAACCAGUAUUCAAAUUGUCUUCUCUUCCACAGUCCGGCAUGGUCCCCCGUAGAUGUCUAACCACGCCGCAUGCACAUGCAUGCAUACAAAUAUCUCC